UCCACACAGCACAAACAAACACAAAGUGUCAUUUUAAUAAGCAGCCAUCCAUAGCUUAGGUUAUGUGAAUAUGAAAACCAAGACUAAGUUAUUAAUUUUAAUUUUAUUAAAUCAGAUUCAAAGCACAGAAUUUUGACAAAUUAUAUGGUACAAUUGACUUUUUUACCUAGGCCUAAAUCUUCCUUUGAUUAAUUUAGUUAGCAAAAAGUAUUUUUUCACGAUGAUUUACGGUGUUUACAUAGUUUCCAAAUCUGGAGGGCUGAUAUUUAACUUAGAUCAUAAUGUUCCUAAAAUUGAAAAUGAACACACAUUUAGUUAUCCUUUGGAUUUAAAGUUAAUUUUUGAGAACAAAUGUGUCAAAGUCUCAUUUGGGCAAAGAGAUGGAAUAAUGGUUGGCCACGUUCUGAUAGCUGUCAAUGGAAUCCCAGUAACAGGAAAGCAGCUAGACGAUGGACGAGACGCGUUGGAGAUCAUUGAAAACAAAGAUAGCUACCCUUUACGACUCAGGUUCGGUCGACCUAAGAUGACAACCAAUGAGAAGAUUUUCCUUGCUAGUAUGUUCUACCCUCUGUUUGCAAUUGCAACACAGCUUAGUCCGGAGCCAAAAAGCUCGGGAAUAGAAGUGCUAGAGGCAGAUACAUUCAAACUACACUGCUUCCAGACACUCACAGGAGUUAAGUUUAUGGUGGUUGCUGAGCCUACUCAGACAGGAGUAGAGUCUUUGUUGAAGAAAAUCUAUGAACUCUAUGCCGAUUACGCUCUCAAGAAUCCGUUUUACUCUCUGGAAAUGCCAAUUCGGUGUGAACUGUUUGAUACUAACCUUCAGGCUUUAUUAGAGCAGAUGGAAAAGUCUGGAAUUAGUAACGUAUAAGUUACCCGGUAGGAGGGACCAUCAGAGGUACCCCUCUACUCCUCUACUCCUCUACCACUCGCAAUCAUCGUCACCAAUACCAGGAACCUCCUAGUCACCACCGGCCUACACAAUCUUCUCAGUCAACCUCUAUACGCCAACCUCAUAACACCCUCUGUUUAUGUAUUUUUGUUUGUUUAUGUUUAUGUUUGUGUUGUGACAUCAAAAUGUUUGAAAAUUUGCCAUGGUUUCGUUGGAUAAGGUAAUUAUUUUAAUGUUUUAGUUUUAAUGUUUGUGGAAUGUAAAAAAACAUUUAUCGCAUUUUUUAAAAUAUACAAUUUAUUAGUUA